CGCUCCGGCCAAUCAGCGCUGAGGGGGGUGCGCGGCGCAAGAUGGCGGACGGCGGCGUGGGGCGGCCGCAGGGUCUGCAGGCUGUGGAGAGGAAGGUGGACUGGCGGCGCUGGAAGCAGGAGAGGAAGGCGGAGAAGAAGAAGUGGCGGGAGGUGAAGCUGCUGAAGAAGCUGGAGAAGCAGCGGGUGCGGGAGCGGGAGCUGGCGGAGAAGCAGGCGGGGGAGCAGGAGCCCAGCGCAGACCGAGGGCGGCACCACACGCUGAGCGUAGCCCUGCCAGGCUCCAUCCUGAACAACGCCCAGUCGCUGGAGCUGCGCACCUACCUUGCUGGCCAGAUCGCCCGGGCCUGUGCCAUUUUCUGCGUGGAUGAGAUCGUCGUGUUUGAUGAGCACGGAGAAGAUGUAAAGAGCGUGGAGGGGGACUUUGAUGGAAUUGGGAGGAGAGGCAAGGCUUGCGUGCAGCUGGCUCGGAUCCUGCAGUACUUGGAGUGUCCUCAGUACUUGAGGAAAUCCUUUUUUCCAAAACAUGAGGAUCUGCAGUUUGCAGGGCUGCUCAACCCCCUGGACAGCCCCCAUCACAUGCGUGUGGAUGAGGAUUCAGAGUACCGAGAAGGGGUGGUCUUGGACCGGCCAACUAAGCCAGACAGAGGCUCUUUUGUUAACUGUGGGAUGCGGAAGGAGGUGCAGAUCGACAGACAGCUGAAGCCUGGACUGCGAGUCACUGUGCGCCUGGCAGAACCCCAGAAGCCAGAAGCCAGAGUGCGGAAAGGCACCGUGGUGUCCACACACCACCCUCGGACAGUCUCAGGCUUGUACUGGGGUUACAGCGUCCGCCUUGCCUCCUGCUUGAGUGCUGUCUUUUCAGAGUGCCCAUUCAAGGAAGGCUAUGACCUCUCUAUUGGGACCUCAGAGCGGGGCAGCUCUGUAGAUCAGGCCACUCUCCCAUCCUUCAGGCAUGCCCUCGUCGUGUUUGGAGGUCUUGAGGGCUUGGAAGCUGGGGUUGACGUGGACCCAAACCUGGAGGUCACAGACCCAAGCGUCUUAUUUGACUUCUACCUGAACACUUGUCCCAACCAAGGCAGCAGAACCAUCCGGACAGAGGAAGCAUUGCUGAUCUCUCUGUCUGCGCUGAGACCCCACAUAGAUGAGGCCGUGAGGACACCCAGCGCCAGCUGAGGGAAGGAAAACAACUGACCUUGCUGAGGUCUGCCAUGGGGAAGCAGCUGUUCAAACGUGAGGUGCUGGGCAAAUCACUUCCAAGAUCCUGGUGGGGCCAAGACGCAGCGUGACUGAAGCUGGCAGCGCUGCUCGACCCAGCGCCGGGCUGCCCUUGGGAGCAGCAGGUCUGCGCCCUCCAGCCUGCACGGCCUGGCCAAGGGCUGGUUGCUGCCCCUCAGCAGCUGAGACAAGGGCUGGCACCAGCCCUGGGUCACAGCAGUUCAGGUGUCUGGGGUGGGGAAUAAAGCAGUACAGAACCUCA